AUGACCAUCGGGACCUUCAUUUCCUCUUUGAUGGUUGGCCCUUUCAGUGCAAAGUUCGGUAGAAGACAUGGUCUGUGGGCUGCUGCGGUGCUCAACUAUAUUGCUACAGCCAUCCAACUUGGAACCACCAGCAAAGCUGCGCUCUACAUCUCUCGCCUCAUUCUAGGCAUUUCCGUCGGCUGGUUCCUGACCUUCGCCCAACUCUACGUCCACGAAGCAGCGCCAGCCCAUCUACGAGGCAUCGUCUUCGCAGUCUAUCAAAGUAUGCUUUCAAUCGGAUCCAUCGUUGGGGCUGCGGUCGACUACGGCACCCACGAUUUUGACGGCAGACGUGCGUAUCAAGUCCCUCUGGCGAUAUUCUUCGUCGCCCCGACUCUGCAAGCCGUCUUGAUGUUUUUCUUUGCCCCGGAAUCUCCAAGAUGGCUCAUGGUCCAGCGCAAGGAACAUGCAGCCGAGGCAUCCCUCCGCAAACUCCGGAAUUCCAACAUCGAUGAGCUCGAGUUUCAAGCCGAGUUCAACGAAAUUCGCCAAUCUACGCGUGAGCAAUUGGAGCAGAACAAGAAGUAUCUGUUUUUGGAGAUGUGGCGUGGAACGAAUCUUCGUCGCACUCUACUGUCUAUUGCUGUGGUCUGCUUUCAUGCGGCGAACGGAUCGAGCUGGAUCAAUAUCUACACCACAUAUUUCCUACAGAUCGCCGGGGUCAAGAAGCCAUUCGAGUACUCUGUCCUUGUCACCUGCACAGGUUUGCUGGGGGUUAUCUUUAGUUUCUUCUUCGUCCGCCUUAUUGAUAGACGAACAGUCAUGCUUGUGGGAGUCGUUGCAUGCGGAAUAUGCCAACUCGUCCCUGCGAUCGCGUGGACGAAGGACCCUGGAUCCGAGAAUACCGGGCGAGUGGUCGUCGGAUUCAUUGCACUAUUCACCUUUUUUUACGUCGCUUACGCACCUUACGCCUGGCUCCUUGGCGGCGAAUACGUGAACAACCAAAUGCGAGCAUUCACAUUCGGCUUCGCCACCGCACUGAAUUUCCUCGGCAACUGGCUGGGAACCUUCACAGCCCCAUAUUUCAUCAACCCGGCCAAACUCGCCUGGGGACCGCAAUACGGCUACAUUUGGUUCGGAUCAAACAUGAUUGUGGCCGUGUUCACCUGGUUUUUCCUACCUGAGACGCGGGACCGAACGCUCGAGGAGAUCCAUGAGAUGUUCGAGGCGAAACUUCCGGCCAGGGCGUUCAAGAACUAUGUCUGUGUCGGUGUUGAGGGUUAUGCGGCUGAGGCGAUGGGCAAGGAUCUUAGUAUGCGAAAGGAAGCAGGUGCCGCGGCGCACGUGGAGGAACUGAGGGACCGGGAUCAGGAAGCUGCGAAUAACAAGAGUCAGGCGUGA